GCUGAAUGGAUAUUUAAGCUGAUAAGUGGUGUUGGAUUCCUUCUGUGAAAAAAACCUCCUCUUUUGCUCCUGUUUUUCUAGUUUUUUGGGGAGACCUUGGGAAGGUUUUACAUUGUGUUCACCAUUUACUGAAGAAACUAAAGGAAUAAUGAUAACAUCUUUUUGGGGAAGGAAAUAUACUGUAUGGAAUUGAGAUUGUGAAUCAGACUCAGCAGCUGGAUUUAUGACGCCAACAUAGGAAGGAAUACAAAAUGGAAACGGAGAUGUGGUGGGGAACCCUUGGCUCUGUCCGCCCCUUCUCCAACUUCCGUCCAGAGAUAGACGUAGAAGACAUCCAGACUGCCUGCCAGCAGAAAGAUGUGAAGACCCUGGUGAAAAUCAUGACGAACCGAGACAACGCCCAAAGGCAGAGUCUAGCCCAAGCCUACAUCUCAGCCACAAGCAAGGAGCUGACUGCGGACCUGAAGAAGGCACUGUCUGGGGACCUGGAACGGUUGAUGUUGGACCUCCUGCUGACCCCAGAUGAAUUUGACGCCCAGCGUCUUUACCAGGCCAUGAAAGGACUGGGCACAGAUGAGGAGACCCUACUAGAGGUAUUGUGCACAAGAUCGGCCAUGCAGCUGAGAGGCAUCACUCAGGCUUAUAACGACAUGUACAAGAAAGAUCUGGAGAACGACUUGGUUGGUGAGACCAGUGGAGACUUCACCAAGUUACUUCUCGCAUUGCUCAAGAAGGAGACUGUACCAGGAUCAGUUGAGCAGGACAUUGAUCGCCUUUCUGAAGAACUGAAGGGUGAGAAGGCAAAUGCCACCCCUUGGAUCAGCACCCUAACGACCAGACACCCAGACCAUCUUAACAAAGUGCUGACCAGACUGGAAGCAGAUAUUGAGCAACCAGUGGAUGAGGCUCUGGAGAAACGUUUUGGAGGGUUUCUGUCUGGAGACCUGAAGCUGGGCUUGACAACACUUGUGCAGUGCAUACAAAACCCAGCUGCCUACCUGGCUAAACGACUGCAAAGCAUGAAGGGAGGCGUGGUUCAGGGGGUGCUGGUGUCACACUGUGAGGAGGAUCUCCUGGUGGUGAGGGUAGCAUACCUGAGAGAGACAGGCACCUCCCUCUAUUCCACUUUACAGAAUCAAUUCAAAGGGGACUUUCAAAAUGCACUGCUGGCACUGUGUCGAGCAGAAGACUAGCUGAAAGGGGGAGAGGACACCGUGAGGACGUUACACUGCUCAUUAUCCCUGAUGAAACUCUCACUCAUACAAGUCUACCAAGAUGAACAUGUGAGAAAAGACGGGAGAAAAAAUAUGCUACUAAUAAAGAUUAUUUGGACUUCUUUUCUUUUUA